AUGCUCCAGCUCGCCGAGUACCGCCACCUCGUCGACCUCGACGUCGAGACGACGACGCCCGAGCCACUCGCCCCGCAAGACGUCGUCGACGCCCAGCUCGCCCUCCUCGCACACCUCGUCGACGAGCUUCCGCCUCAUCCGCACCUCCCGUCGCGUCAAGACCUCCUCGACCUCUCCUUCGCGCACCGCCAACGCCUCCUCGACGCCCUCGUCACCGUCCGCGACCCGCAAGAGCUGUCGCCACUCCCUCGCGCCCUCCUCGAGCAAGCCGACGCCCUCGCCCGACUGCGCAACGACCGCAACCCAGACCCGUUCGUGCCCGUGUCGCGCAUCCCGACCAUCGCCGAGGCGCUCUUCCCGUCGACGACCGCCCCGGCCGACGUCCUCCCGCCGUCGUUCGCCCGGAUCAAGUUCACCCGGGGUGACUUCACCCGCCUCGACUCGACGACGGCCUCGUCGCCGCACGACACGCUCGCCCUCGUCAACCCGGCCAACGUGCGCAUGCUCGGCUGCUUCAAGCCGACCCACAAGUGCGCCGACAACGUCAUCCACGCCGCCGCCGGGCCCUCGCUGCGCGCCGAGUGCGCAAAGGUCAUGCACGCGCGCGACUGGGUCGACGUCGAGACGGCCGAGGACGUCAUCGUCACCCACGGUGGCGCGCUCAGGGCCCAGUACGUCCUGCACGUCGCCGGGCCGCAGCUCGCUCGCAAGGGCGCGCAGCCGAGCGAGCUCCAGGUCCGCCAGCUCGAGACGGUCUAUCAGCGUUGCCUCGACCUCGCAGAAGAGCUCGGUACCAUCUCGACGGUCGCCUUCCCGUGCAUCUCGACGGGCCUCUUCUUCUUCCCCGGCGACCUCGCCGCGCGCAUCGCCUUGCGUGUCGUCUCGACUUGGCUCGACACCCACCCGUCGUCGACCCUCAAGAACGUCGUCUUUGUCCUGUUCUCGCAGGCCGACACGGACAACUACCUCGCCGCGCUCGCCGCCGUCUUCCCUUCCGUCCCAGCUCCACCUGCGCCUCUUCCCGUCGUGCGCACAGUCCCGCAACACGUCAAGCGCUGGAUCGACGAGGCCGACAGUGUCAUUAUCCACGCCGGCGCAGGCCUGAGCGCCGACGCCGUCAGCGAGGCGGUCGGGCUCCCGCUCGACUACACGAGCCCGGCCCUGUUCGCCAAGCUGUACCCGGGCCUGGUCGAGCACACGUCGCUCCGGUGCCUGUACGACACGAUCGGCCACGACUGGGACGACCCGCUCGUCAAGUGGGCCUUUAUCCUGUCGCACGGCUACAACGUCCAGAACUGGGCGACCCCCUCGUCCCCGUCACCCGUCUACGCGACCCUCCUCCGAUACGCCCGCUCUCGGCCCGGCGGCUUCACCGUCCUCACCUCGAACGCCGACAACCUGUUUCCCUCGUCCGGGUUCCCCUCGACGCACUUUCACGCCCCGCAAGGCUCCUACACCGAGUUCCAGUGCCUGUCGCCCUCGUGCGCCGCUCAGAACCCGCCCUCGGCCCGCGUGGGGCCCUCCCUCCCCGCCUGCACCGCCGCGCACUCGACGCCAGGCGCCCUCGACCCGCACACGAUGCGCCUCCCGCCCGACCUCGCGCCGUCCCUCAUCCCGCGCUGCCCGGCAUGCGGCACGACCGACGUCUUUUUCCGCGUGCGCGGCGGCCCGUGGUUCGUCGAGGGCCCGCGCACCGAGCGGCUCGCGCACGCCGAGCGCGUCGCGCACCUCGUCGAGCGCGCUAGAGCCCGCGGCACGCACGUCGUCGUGCUCGAGCUCGGCGCCGGGUUCAACACGCCGGGCGUCGUGCGCUUGCCGGGCGAGGCGCUCGUCGCGAGCGAGGCGGGCCGGGGCGGAUCGGUCAAGCUCGUGAGGGUCAACCCGAGGGCUGCGGACGUAGGGUUCGAGGUCGAGUACCCGGCGGCGGCGGGCGGGAGCGGCGGCGACGACUGGGAAAGGAGGGACGUCGCCGGACUCGAGAUGGGCGCGUUGGAGUUUCUCCGGCUCGUCGAGCCCGAGGGAGGUUGGGCGUAG